AAUCCUGGUGGUGUGAUGUGUCUGUAAUCAGUGCAUUAUUUACAUUCCGUGCCCGAUAAAACAAAAGCUCCCCCUCCUCUUGAAGAGUGUCUUUAUCAUUGUCCAAACCAACCUUAAAUUUCUUAUCCUUGUCGAGAGGAAAAUACGUUUUAGGAGGUAGUCGAUUAUCAACAGAGGAAUACCGGUAUUUAUCGGAUCGGAUCUUUAUAAUACAUUUUUUUUAAUCGAAAUGUAUUUUUAAUUCAUUGUUUCAACAUGCCAACAUCAAGCCAAGCUUUGAUUAUUCUUGCAGUUGACGGACGUCUGCCAAAGAAAAUUCCGCGCCGUACAUUUCCUGUGACGUCAGUUCCGUAUCCGCUAAGAGACUACAACAUGACAGACACAUGCAUGACAAUUGAAAAUUGUAACGAGGAAGACGCUGAUGAUGUCAUAAAAUUACUAAAAGCAGGCGAACGACUUCAAUACCCUACUGAUUCUGAAUCUCUGUCAGAACUUUUACAGAUAACGGGCUACAAGGGUGCCUUAACCUUUGACCCUGUUUCAAGACUUAUCCAAUGGCAAAUUAAUACAGAACUACCACCAAAUACCAAGAAUACAAGAAGUUUCGAAAACCCACUCAAGCUCCCUAGCAUACAUGGCAGAGAAAAUCAAAUGGGCACACAGAUUACCGAUGAAAAAAUUCCAUUUCAUGAGGAAAACAGUCAUGGGCUACAUGUUAUACAACUUGUGGAGGAUCCACCAUCUCAACAAAAUGCUUUCUAUAGCACAGAAAACCAAUAUCAAACAAUGAGCCAAGGGAUGACUUCUAAAUUUGCGAAUUUUCAAAAGUCUGAGAGAUAUCUCACUCAGCUAACAUCAAGAGAUUUCUUAGAAAGAGACAAAAUUCAAAACCUACUGGGUGACCACAAUUUAUUAUCAGCAAGGGAGAACACGAAUGGAACAACGGAAGGAGUUGUAGAAGAAUCUGAUAGUAAAGUGAAAAGAACUGUGUCUCUUCCGAGUUUGUUCAAAGCCCGUAUUGACAAAGAUUUGUACCGAAGACUCUGUUCAUUGGGUUUCCGAAAAUCAGAAGAGAUGAAAAAAGAAACCAGAAAACAAACUAAAUACCAGCAAAGAAAACCAAUCGAACACCCGACUAAAGAAGCUUGGGUCAACGAAGCGGAAGAAAUGGAGUACUCAAAAGACAGAGACUUCCGUUUGGAAGAUCUCUCACUUCAGACCGGGAAUCUUCAUGUUAAAUCUGAAAUCCCAUCCGAAACAAACAGCCAUAAUGUCACCCUCGAACACAAUAUGCAAGCUGCGAAGCUUUCACAUCUUUUAUCCAACAAAGAUUACCAGAAUUACUUCAAAGAAAGGGAUGCCUUUUUUGAGAAGUUUGAAAAUUAUGAAUCGUAUACAACUGGUGGAGGUUUGAAUUUAAUUUCACAAGGAAAGGAAAUGUUAGCAAAAGGAUGUAAGCUACCGCACAUUCAACAACCUGUACAAAGAUAUGGAGAUGAACAAGAUAUUGACGAUGUUAACGUAGUCGAUACCAACAACAGACGCAAGGAAUCGAAAAAGACAUUGUUGGAGGAAAUUAAAGAAAAAUCAAAUUACAGCAAAUGGAAGAAAAGACGGUUGGUUGCGGUGCGUAUGAGAAAAGAGAUGCCGCCCCUUGACCCUCUCUGCCUGUGUUUUAACCUACCAGACAAUGCAAUGAGCCACGAAGAAGUAAAGGCGUUAGUGGAAGAAAACUGCGGAGGACCGAUUGGUGACAUCCAGUUUGACCCUGUCAAUGUUGUCGCCAUUGACAGCGAAGCGAGAUCACGAUGGAUUGUGCGCAUGCGUGAUAUGAAAAGUCGCGACAGACUUCUUCAGACUGGAAUAGUGAUUGAUGGAGAAAGAAGAGAUGUGAAAUUAAUGGACAUCAUCCAUCAAGAAGAAGUUGAUGCUUACAAGUUCCAUGAUCUUGUUCAACGAGGAAAAUUGCGAAUGCCAUUAAACCAGGCAACUAAAAAGCGAAAGAAGUCAAAAACGAAUUGACAAAUUUAUAAAACUUUCAAAGUUUUACUGAUAAUUUUCAUUUUAUAUCAGUAUUUAUA